AUGUCAGACCUUCAAGGCAGGAAGGUAUUCAAGGUGUUCAACCAGGAAUUCAUCGUGGAUGAGAGAUACACGGUGACCAAGGAGUUGGGUCAGGGCGCCUACGGCAUUGUCUGUGCCGCAACGAAUAACCAGACCGGAGAAGGUGUCGCGAUCAAGAAGGUCACCAAUGUCUUCAGCAAGCGCAUUCUCGCCAAGCGAGCGCUGCGAGAGAUCAAGCUGCUUCAGCACUUCAGAGGCCAUCGUAACAUAACCUGUCUAUAUGACAUGGACAUUCCUCGACCAGACAACUUCAACGAGUGCUAUCUAUACGAAGAACUCAUGGAAUGCGACCUCGCAGCCAUCAUCCGCUCCGGCCAACCCCUCACCGAUGCCCAUUUCCAAUCCUUCAUCUACCAGAUCCUCUGCGGUCUCAAAUACAUCCACAGCGCCAACGUGCUGCAUCGUGACCUGAAACCUGGUAAUUUGCUCGUGAAUGCCGAUUGCGAGUUGAAGAUCUGUGAUUUUGGAUUGGCUCGCGGGUUCUCCAUCGAUCCUGAGGAGAAUGCUGGAUAUAUGACGGAGUACGUGGCGACAAGAUGGUACCGCGCGCCGGAGAUCAUGUUGAGUUUCCAGAGCUACACGAAAGCGAUCGACGUGUGGUCUGUCGGCUGCAUUCUCGCCGAACUCCUCGGCGGCAAGCCCUUCUUCAAAGGCCGCGACUACGUCGACCAACUCAACCAAAUUCUGCACUACCUCGGCACGCCCUCCGAAGAGACGCUCGCCCGCAUUGGCAGCCCCCGCGCCCAGGACUACGUCCGCAACCUGCCCUUCAUGCAAAAAGUCUCCUUCCAAGCGCUCUUCCGCAACGCCAACCCCGACGCCCUCGACCUCCUCGACGCUAUGCUGGCGUUCGACCCUUCCCGCCGCGUCUCAGUUGAAGCGGCCCUAGAGCAUCGAUACCUGCACAUCUGGCACGACGCCUCCGACGAGCCCAUGUGCCCCGAGCCCUUCGACUUCCACUUCGAGGUCGUCGACGACAUCGGCGAGAUGAAGCGCAUGAUCCUGCACGAGGUCGCCCGCUUCCGCGGCCAGGUCCGCAGCCAGGUCCCCGGCGGCGUCGCGAUCCCCGGGCAGGGCCAGGUGCCGGGCGCGCCGUCGCAGAGCGGGCAGGUGCCGAUCCCGGAGAAUAUGGAUCGCAGUCGGUUCGAGGAUCCGAGGCCGCAGGAGGCGGCGCAGGGGGGCGGGAUGGAGGGUUUGGAGGCGGAUUUGCAGAGGGGGAUGGAU